UGUCAGUCUGUCAGUCUUUCGGGCCGCCCGCACCCGAGCUGCAGGCUGCGGGCGCCAUUGUGCGCGGAGCCCGCCCGCCCGCCCGCCCGCCCGCCCGCCGGGGCCGGAGGCCGGGGCGCCCGGGGUCCCCGCCGCGGGCGGCGGGCGGCGGGCGGCCAGGUAGGGGCGGGGAGGCCGAGCCGCGCGGGGCCCCGCCCGCCCCCCUCCCGGCCGCGCAGGGUCCGUGGCCUGAUCCCCCCCAGGGGAGCGGCACCCGGCUGUCAUGAGAGAGACCCUGGAGGCUCUGAGCUCCCUGGGUUUCUCCGUGGGACAGUCUGAGAUGGCCCCCCAAAGCGAGCCCAGGGAUGGGUCCCAUAAUGCCCAGGGGAAGGCCCCCUCCAGGGAAGGCAGUGUACUGGGCACGUGCUCAGGGCACAAGGCCACUGGCCAGGAGGAAGAUGCCCGGAUGGAACAAGCUGAGGCUCCCUGCGGCGGAGGCCAGGCCUGCAUCCCACAGAAGACUGAGCCCGUGGGCUCCUGCUCUGGGGACGAGUGGAUGAUCCGGAAGGUGAAGGUGGAAGAGGAGGAUCCGGAAGCCGAGGCGGAGGUCGAAUGGCCGCAGCAUCUCUCCUUACUCCCGGGCCCUUUCCCGGCCCCGGACCUGGGGCCCCUGGCGGCCGCGUAUAAGCUGGAGCCGGGGGCCCCGGGGCCGCUGGGCGGCGGGCUGGCGCUGUCCGGGUGGAGCCCGAUCGCGCUGCAGCCGCCGCCCCCGCCGCCGCCGCCGCCGCCGCCGCCGGAGGAGAAGCCGUACGGCUGCGGGGAGUGCGAGCGGCGGUUCCGGGACCAGCUGACGCUGCGGCUGCACCAGCGGCUGCACCGGGGCGAGGGCCCGUGCGCGUGCCCGGACUGCGGGCGCAGCUUCUCGCAGCGCGCGCACAUGCUGCUGCACCAGCGCAGCCACCGCGGCGAGCGGCCCUUCCCGUGCUCCGAGUGCGGCAAGCGCUUCAGCAAGAAGGCGCACCUGACGCGCCACCUGCGCACGCACACGGGCGAGCGGCCCUACCCGUGCGCCGAGUGCGGCAAGCGCUUCAGCCAGAAGAUCCACCUGGGCUCGCACCAGAAGACGCACACGGGCGAGCGGCCCUUCCCCUGCGCCGAGUGCGAGAAGCGCUUCCGCAAGAAGACGCACCUGAUCCGCCACCAGCGCAUCCACACCGGCGAGCGGCCCUACCAGUGCGCGCAGUGCGCGCGCAGCUUCACGCACAAGCAGCACCUGGUGCGGCACCAGCGCGUGCACGAGGCCGCCGCGCUCCGCGCCGCCCGCCCCGCCCCGCCCGGCGCGCCGGCCCCGCCCCCGGCCCCGCCCCCGCCCCCCGGGGCCCCGCCCCCCGCCCCCGGCCCCCGGCCCUUCGCCUGCGCGCGCUGCGGCCGCAGCUUGGGCUGGAAGAAGAACCUGGCCGCGCACCCGCGCCCGCACCGCGGCGACGGGGCUGCGUUCGGCUGCGAGCAGUGCGCCACGGUGGACCCGGCCGCCGCCGCCGCCGCCGAGCCCUCGGCCUGCGGCCCCGGGCCCAGCCCCCCGGAGCCCCCGGGCGCCGCCUCCGGCGAGCGAGCCUUCUUCUGCCCCGAGUGCGGCCGCGGCUUCGCCCACGGGCAGCACCUGUCGCGGCACCGGCGCGUGCACACCGGGGAGCGGCCCUUCGCCUGCGCGCAGUGCGGCCGCCGCUUCGGCUCCAGACCCAACCUGGUGGCCCACGCGCGGGCGCACAGCGGGGCCCGGCCCUUCGCCUGCGCGCAGUGCGGCCGCCGCUUCAGCCGCAAGUCCCACCUGGGCCGCCACCAGGCCGUGCACACCGGCAGCCGCCCCCACGCCUGCGCCGUCUGCGCCCGCAGCUUCAGCUCCAAAACCAACCUGGUGCGCCACCAGGCCAUCCACACCGGCUCGCGCCCCUUCUCCUGCCCGCAGUGCAGCAAGAGCUUCAGCCGCAAGACCCACCUGGUGCGGCACCAGCGCGUCCACGGCCAGCCCGCCCUCCCCGCCGCGGCCCCCGACCCGGACCUCGCGGCCCCCGCCUGGCCCAGCCCCGCCGAGGUGGCGCCCGCCCCGCUCUUCUUCUGAGCGCAGCGCUCACCGCCGUCCUUUCGCCCUGGAGAUCGCCCUGGAGACCCCCACCCCCGCCCCAGGCUGUGGGUACAGCCCUGGACCGCUGGGACCCGUCCCCUCGGCGCGUCUGGAGAGGGGUACCCAGCGCUGUGCUGACAAAGAUGUGCUCCCACAAACUCGGCACCGGCCGAGUCCUUGGAUCCACCAGGAAACGGGCAUUUCCCAGGUCCAGCGGGGCCACGGAAGGAAAGAAGGGCCACUAGCUAUGUACCCAAAGGACCAUUAAGUACCUAUCCGAGGUUCUGGGGUUGUUACCUGAGCCGAGGGCAAGUCAGCCUGACUGUUCAAUCCCCUGCCCCAUCAACAGCCCCCGAAGAGCCCUUGCCUUCCUGCCCUGCGCAGGUUGAAUAUUACUUGCUGGUAAUUGGCUCUUCCAAAGCAACAAUGUAGUAAGUGUCAUUGCCAAACCCCUAUCCUUCAUCUUCCAUCUCAGCUGUUGGACAAGGAAGAGACAUUUGUGACAUUCCCCUGGGGCCAGGCGUUGAACACUGGAGCUGAAGGGAAGGAAGGACGGACGGACGGCAGGCCUGGGCCAGGACCUUUGGUCUUUCCCAUGAGGUAACCUGCCACCCGAGGCUCUGGGAGCCCAGGGCUUGUACCUGUGCUGGGCUCUCUCGAGGCCCUUAGAACCACAGCCAGCCCCGCCUGCCGCCUGUCUGGAGGCCAGGAAGGAAGGACCGCCUGCACUCCAGAAGAAGGUUGCUUCCAUGUCACACUUUCUGUCGGGUGCUUUCUGAUGAUGGAUGCUGGGUCCGGAGGCUCUGCCGCGGCCGGUGGGCUGUGCGGGAAGGAGCAGGCCCGUGGGGACGGACCUACUGGGCAUGAAGGGCCCAGUCUUGGUUUUGCCUCCUCCUCUGGGACUCGGAGCCCAGCAUCUGUCUCCCUGGACCUCAGUUUUCUCAUUAAAAUGAGAGUAAAAAAUGAUGUUAACAAGGGCCUUCCCAUUCCGCAUCGCGAGCACCCACAG